AUGGACAACAUCCAACACGACCGCGUCACCGCCAACAUGGUGCAACACCCAAACAUGCCGCCCAGAUCCGACAUGCCCGCCGGUCACAUCGAGAGCCUCAUUCUCUCCCUCCAGCACGCGAACCCAGCCCCUCCUACCGCGCAAAAUGGCGCACCAGUGGUCGGCUCCGGUGGCAUGAUCGUUCACGAACUCGUCUCUGCUCCACGCUACGAGACCGAUGGCAAUAUGGUCGUCCCGCCACUCCCUCGCCUACUCGGCUUCCCGCUCGCGACUCAGUCCGCUGGCUCAGUGCUGCACCCAGUCGACGGCCUCUAUAACCCGCACGCACAUCUCUUCUUCCUGGAGGGCGAUGUCAACAAGGACGGCUUUGGCACGUUCACAUCUCCGCCAGUUAUUGGCAACAUCGUGGUGGAGCGAUGUGAUGGCAAGGAUCUCAAGGGGCAGCAGCUGUGUUCGCUCAUCAGCUUCAUCAACAACCAUAUCGUCGGCGAUCUCCAAGAGCUGAGCACCGUGGAUGAGGAGGAGAAGAAGCGGAUCGUGGCUCACCCGACCAAUACCAUCAAGCCACACGCCUUCUACGAGUACUUCGAGCGUCACCGCGGCGUGGAAGGUUUCGAGCAGUGGGAAGGCAUCGAGAACCCUGUCCAGCUCACCGAGGAAGAGAAGAAGAAACCAAUCUGCGGUGCUUGCUUCGCAACGGAACAGAAGGAUGGAAAGCCGCUACUCAAGUGCGGUACUUGCGGAAAGGUUGCGUACUGCUGCAGAGACUGCCAAGUGUUCGACUGGAAAGAUGGAGGUCACAAGAAGGUCUGCAAGAAAGCCGGCCAGUAG